AUGCGCGACUACAAGAUUGUCAUCUUGGGCAAGAGUGCGCUGACGAUCAGGUUUGUGUACGACAAUUUCGUAGAGAAAUACGAUCCAACGAUAGAGGAUAGCUUCAGGACGGUGGCCAUGGUGGAUGGCUAUCGCUGCCAAGUCGAGCUGCUCGACACGGCCGGCACGGAGCAGUUCAUGGCCCUACAUUCGCUCUACAUGAAGUCUGGCGACGGCUUCGUGCUCGCGUUCAGCCUGACCAGCCUGGACAGCAUCAACGAGCUACAGACCAUCCGGGAACAGAUUCUGCGGACUAAGGAGGCAGAGGGCCUCACGCCGGAAGAGGUGCCGCUCGUCCUCGUCGGCAACAAAUGCGAUCUCGUUCACGAGCGACAGGUACCGCGCGAAGUAGGCAUUCAGCUCUCCCAGGCAUGGGCAAAGCCAUACUAUGAAGCCUCGGCGCGGCACAAGAUCAACGUCGAAGAGCUCUUCGAAGAUAUACUGCGACAAGUCGUCAGGCAAAAUCCGCCUGGACAGACCGGCAAGAAGAAGCGGAAGCUGUUCUCGCGAUGCAACGUGCUAUAG